UCUCAGCUCUGCUCAUCUUGGUGCCCGGCCCCCUUCGCUCUCCAAGCCCCACCCCCCACCCCUCCGGGCUUCGCUUUUUAAAAAGGUCUCCCCAUUGCUAGCUGCCGAGGCACCCAGAUAGAGCUGGACAGAGGCUAAAGCGGCAGCCCCAGCUUCGCGCCCCGCCCAGUCCCUUUCCCCUGCUGGGGAUCCCCCUCUUCCCCGCCCACCCCUUACCCCGCAUGCAGCCCAGCGCCCUAUGCUAGCCCUCCCCCUCCCCCCCUGCUGGAGCGGGGCGCCGCCGGGGGAGGAGGGGGAAUCGGCUGCGGGUCCUUGGUGUUUCUAGCACCCAGCUUCCCUCCAAGCCGGGUCGCGAUGUACGACUGUAUGGAAACGUUUUCCCCGGGUCCGCGACGGCUGUACGGGGCGGCCGGGCCCGGGACCGGCUUGCUGCGCAGAGCCACCGGCGGCUCCUGUUUCGCCGGACUUGAGUCUUUUGCCUGGCCGCAACCCACCAGCCUGCAAUCGGUGGAGACACAGAGCACCAGCUCAGAGGAGAUGGUGCCCAGCUCGCCCUCGCCCCCUCCGCCUCCUCGGGUCUACAAGCCAUGCUUCGUGUGCAAUGACAAGUCCUCUGGCUACCACUAUGGGGUCAGCUCUUGUGAAGGCUGCAAGGGCUUCUUUCGCCGAAGCAUCCAGAAGAACAUGGUGUACACGUGUCAUCGCGACAAAAACUGUAUCAUCAACAAGGUGACCAGGAAUCGCUGCCAGUACUGCCGGCUACAGAAGUGCUUCGAAGUGGGCAUGUCCAAGGAAGCUGUGCGAAAUGACCGGAACAAGAAGAAGAAAGAGGUGAAGGAAGAAGGGUCACCUGACAGCUAUGAGCUGAGCCCCCAAUUAGAAGAGCUCAUCACCAAGGUCAGCAAAGCCCAUCAGGAGACCUUCCCCUCGCUCUGCCAGCUGGGCAAGUAUACCACGAACUCCAGUGCAGACCACCGCGUGCAGCUAGAUCUGGGGCUGUGGGACAAGUUCAGCGAGCUGGCCACCAAGUGCAUCAUCAAGAUCGUGGAGUUUGCCAAGCGGUUGCCUGGCUUUACAGGGCUCAGCAUUGCUGAUCAGAUAACUCUGCUCAAGGCUGCCUGCCUAGAUAUCCUGAUGCUGCGGAUCUGCACAAGGUACACCCCAGAGCAGGACACUAUGACCUUCUCCGACGGGCUGACCCUGAACCGGACCCAGAUGCACAAUGCCGGCUUCGGGCCCCUCACAGACCUUGUCUUUGCCUUUGCUGGGCAGCUCCUGCCCCUGGAGAUGGAUGACACCGAGACAGGGCUGCUCAGCGCCAUCUGCCUCAUCUGCGGAGACCGCAUGGACCUGGAGGAGCCCGAAAAAGUGGACAAGCUGCAGGAGCCACUGCUGGAAGCCCUGAGGCUAUAUGCCCGGCGCCGGCGGCCCAGCCAGCCCUACAUGUUCCCAAGGAUGCUCAUGAAAAUUACCGACCUCCGGGGCAUCAGCACUAAGGGAGCUGAAAGGGCUAUUACCCUGAAGAUGGAGAUUCCAGGCCCGAUGCCUCCCCUAAUCCGAGAGAUGCUGGAGAACCCUGAAAUGUUUGAGGAUGACUCCUCGCAGCCUGGUCCCCAUCCCAAUGCCUCUAGCGAGGAUGAGGUUCCCGGGGGCCAGGGCAAAGGGGGCCUGAAGUCCCCAGCCUGACCAGGGCCCCUGACCUCUCCGCUGUGGGGGUUGGGGCUCCAGGCAGCAGACUGACCAUCUCCCAGACUGCCAGUGACUGGGGGAGGACCUGCUCUGCCCUCUCCCCACCCCUUCCAAUGAGCUCCUUGUUUUUGCCAAAGUUUCCAGGGGUGCCUCUGUGUUCAUCCCCUUCCCGAUCUAACCGGCUCCCUCGCCAGUCCUGGGGGCCUGCCCUGCUCCCACCAGGAGAGAGGGCAGAGGGAUGAGCCUGAGUUUGGACUCUAAAAUCUCAGCACUGCCCCUCAGGUACCAGGGUCCUAGGCUCCCCAGGGCAAGAGGAAGACCCUGCCAUUCCACAGCCCCUUCCUCUGCCAGGUGCUUGGCUCUCUGGGAGCAAAUAGGAACACUAGAGACCAAAAAGGGGGCAAAGGAGAAGGGCUGAGCCCACCUUUUUGCCCCUACCCUUGGUGCCUAAUGCUGUGUGAUGCACCUGCAGGGUGUGUGCUAGCCUCUGUGCCCCGUCCUUGUGCCAGGUCAAGGUGGGGGCAGGCUGGGCCCUGCAUUUCUGGGGCAGGAACAGAGGGUGAAAGGGACAGAUAGAUGCAGGUCCAUUCUGCACCUCUUGGCUCGGGUGCAGAGUUCACCCUGUGCCCUCCGUUACAAGUCCCUCCCCCAGCCCUGUCAUGUGCCUUGGGCUCCUCCUGCCCUCCAUCUCAGCCAUCGGGGCAGGGACCCUCCUACACUACAGAGGGGCCAGGGGAUCCCUCUCUCCCUAGUGCCUUCCACCCUUUACCCCCCAGAGCAGCUUGGCCCAGGGAGGGGGGAUGCUGCUUAGCUGAUCCUGCCCUGACCCAGAGGAAGCCUCUAUUUAUUUAUUAGCUUUUGUUUACACCCUGGAAUUGACCCCUUCCUCCAGGGGUCUUGGGUGGGGGAGCCCAGGGCCCCUGUGACCCCUCCCUUCUUCCUCCAAUCCCCAGUUUGUAUUUAGCUGCCAAAUAAGAUUCCCAUUGGCUCCCUGUGUUCUCUUGGGGGGUCAGGGUACUGUCCCCUCCCCUCUGUUUACAUCUCCCCUCUACCCCGCUGUAUUGCAUAUUGCUGAGUUUUCUAUUUUUGCAAAAUAAAGUGAUGGAAACUCA